ACACACGGUUUCCACUUAUGGAAUUUGUGUCGAGAUAACUGACUAUUUUAGGUACUCAUUUAGUUGUAUGUUGUUAUAAUGUUUGCUAUAGUUUUGUCUACUAAAAAAGUCGUAAUAUAUUUUUGAACCGUACUUUUGAGCCACAUCGUGCGUUUGUUACUUAUUUAUACGAGGACAUUGGCUCAUGUCUGCUGUUCAAAUAUUAAUUGAAUGUUUAGAUCAACACAAUUUUUCAAUCUUUAUCUAAUUAGUUAAAUUCUGAGGGCUUUAUAACGAUGGCUGCACAAUACCUUGACCUCGAAACUAUAGGCUCUUAACAAAACUAAUUCAACAAUCGAGCGAAUGUUUAAGCUCGACAAUCGUGUGACAUAUACAAUUAGUAUAUGAACAAUAAGAUGCAUCUUGAGAUCGGUCCAGUGACCCACAUUGCCGUGUGUGUUGUGGCAUUGUGCUCGUCUCUUUUAAACCUCUAAUGAAUACCACAAAAAUAAUAAAUCGCUCGCAUCUCCUGCCGCGGCGCCUCACUUCGCUUUCGGACGGCGCGGCGAGUGCACGCGAUAUUUGCACAAUGAAAUAAAUUGAUAACAUCGCUGGAUCAGUGUUUGUUAAGCAUUCAUCGUAAAUUAAAAUAACCAUAUUUACGAAGAAAAAGCAUACAAGUUUCAAGUGAAAGUUUGCCGGAAACUUUUGUGAGGAAAAAUGUUUAUGAUUAUAAUUAAUUAUUUGUUAUUGAUAAACACUUGCUUUGCGGAUUUCUUUCUAAACCAAAUAAAUCACAUGGAGUUCUACAAGAAUAGGACGCGGCCGGCCAAGGCUUUCUCCAGUUUCUCGAUGAACUAUUUGAACCAGAACGUGGUGCGGCCGGGGCGACCCGGGGGCAACACGGAGGCGGUGCAGUGCGGAACGAGGACCGUUGACUUCAGUCCGCGCAGGACUGGCAAGAUCGUCGGCGGAGCUGAGACUCCUUACGGGGCCUACCCUUGGCAGGUGGAGGUGCAGCUGCUGGAUCCUGACAAGUUGACGUUCGAGCACCACUGCGGGGGCGCUGUCAUCGCCUCGCGGCUUGUCCUCUCCGCCGCGCACUGCUUCGACAAGCAACCGUUGCAUCUGGACCACAUCAGGAUAGUGGUAGGGGAGCACAGGCUGAAGGUGCAGGACAAGCACGAGCACCGCUUCCUCGCCGAGAAGGUGGUCCUCCACCCGGACUUCAGGAAAAACGGUCCACACAGCAACGACAUCGCGCUGAUCCUGGUCUCCCGGUCGGGCGCUGGGAUGCAGUUCAACUCUCACGUGCGCCCCAUCUGCCUGCCCGACCACGCCGCAACGUGGGAGGGGGAGGGCGACGGCCGCUGGUGCUCCGUCAGCGGCUGGGGAUACCAAACUGAAGGCACGGAGACGUUCGCGCCGGUGUUGCGCGCGGCCGACGUGCCACUCAUGGACCUGGACACGUGCCGGAAGAGCCAAGUGCUGGGCGGCCGGCAGCAACCCAUUCUCGAUUCUAUGAUUUGUGCAGGAGUGCUGUCGGGCGGCGUGGAUGCCUGCCGCGGUGACUCGGGCGGGCCACUGGCGUGCCGCGCGGCUGGUCGCUGGCAGCUGCACGGCGUGGUGUCUUGGGGCUCCGGCUGCGCUCGCCGCGCGCGCCCUGGCGUCUACACCCGCGUCGCCUCUUACCUCGACUGGAUCAAACUCACCGCCAGCGGCAUGGGCCACACGCUAUAGCACACUAGCGCCACGGCCGACAAUAACAUGCCGCCGCAGAGGUAAAGGAACAAGAAACUAUGGAGCAGCAGAUAAAUCAGGUGAACAAAGUUAAAAGCGAAAAAAGAAAAACUAGAGAUGUAAGAAAUGUUGGCUUUAACAUUGUUUACAGUAUAAGAGCGAGGAAAGGUGUUUGUUCUUACGAUUCUCACAAAAUAAUAAGGUGCUCAUAGAUUCUUACACCCGAUAAGUUGUAGUUAAAUUUUCAAACAGUAUUUUAUUGUAUACUUUAAUGCCAAAGAUUGAAUGUUAACAGUUAC